UGCAUGGAUAGCCUCUCGCAGGUCACAUCUACGUCUUUAGUUUGAAAAAAGUAUCGUUAUACUUUGAACUGAAUUGUAUAAUAUAUCCUUCGUUCGAACUAUAUAUUCUUCGAAGGCUCGAAGCUGUUUUAUUCUACACUUGCUGUAUUAUAUCUUUGAUUGGCGACCACGGACCACGCUUUACAUUGAACAAUCAUGUGAACAUCUAUAAGAUCCAUCACGAGAUCUCUAGUUUGUUUACCAACAUUCAGUGUAUCUGGUUUAUUUCUGUCUUCAUUCUGUGGAAUUGUCAAGAUGUAGUUGAAAUAUAGCUCUCAGAAAGUAACUGGCUUCAGUUCACCUGCAAGAAAUGGUAAAUUUUGUAAGGCUUUUGAUUGACAGAGGACCUCAGGCUUUUAGAAGUAAAUUUUAGUGCAAUGGAUUUCCGUUCACAAGAAGCAAAUUACACAAGACUCGCUAAACUUUUGGUUAACAAAGGAACUGAAGCUUUGAGAAAUACAUUUGAUACCAUCCAUCCACCUGUUAGUCUACCCGGAGUACUGGCUGCAAACAAAACAUUUCUUCAAGGGUUAAAACCUCGAGUUAUUAAAAAUUUUCAGUUGGAAUUACUGUUUCCUCCGUCUGGCAACCCACCAGAUUCCAAAACCUUUGACAUCACAUUAUUCGUAAUUCUAUUCCGGAACAUUUGUAGCUUAGUACCUCCAUCAACAGGAUGGAAUGAAAUGCCUCCGGAUACUGAUCGGUCGAUGGAGGCAAAUAUCGUAAGAAUCAAACUCUUAAGAAAUAAGGUUUUCGCGCAUGCAGUGUCAACUCAAGUGGAUGAUUCAAGAUUUCGAUCUUUAUGGGCUAAGAUUUCUCUCGCGUUAGUACAAUUGAACAUCCCCCAGAGUGAUAUCGACGAAAUAAAAACUGGUCCUUCAGGACUUGAAGGGAGGGCGAUGGAAUGUGAAAAUCAUGAAUUGACGCUGGCAGUAAUGACAGAUUUUAAGCAUGAUAUUGCAACAUGCGCUCAAAGAAGAGAUGAAGAUAUCUUACUAACACUUGCUCAUCAUAGAUUCGAUACUUUAGUUAAAAACAAAGCAGAGCUUUUUCCGUGUGGCAAGAAUGGGUGGCUAUUAAAGGAAGUUGACAUUUGGUUCGUGAAAAUCGACAGUGAGUCAAUGGUAUUGUUAUUAACAGCUGGCCCAAGAUUUGGUAAAACGGAGUUUGCAGCUAAAGUGUGUGAAGACUUUAAGAAGAGUAAGCAGUUGGCUGCAUGUUUCUUUUUCGACUCUAAUAAUUCAAAUCUAAGCGAUCCUAUGGUGGUGUUAGAGUGUCUCGCAAGUCAGAUGAGUGAGAACCUUCCUACUUUUAAAAAACUGCUACUUGAUAACUUGAAGCGGCCGCAUCAGAUAGACAGUCUAAAGGCUGCCUUUCAAGUAUACUUUAAAAAUACUUUGGAUGACUUGGAUUUAGUUGAACCUGUUUUAAUCGUCAUGGAUGGCUUGAAUAAAAUCUCGCCAAAUAAAAAAGAUGAAAUGAUUAAUUUGAUUCGCGAUUAUUUUCCCGAACUUCCCAAGUACAUGAAAUUCUUAGUGACCAGCACUCCGGAGAUUGCUCUAGCAAAGCUAAAUAAUGUUCAAGCAAUUGAUGUUCAAUUUCAAAGAUUGCCAUCGAACUAAAAACACGCGAUUGUCUUGACUAGAUGACGAAAUAAAAAAAAUAGUCAAUUUCUUCCAGAAGCAAGUACAUUUUAAACGCCUUGAAGCCGAGAUUCAAGGCAUAUAUAUCUCUUUAAGAAAAGGACCUAGGUUCACAAGAAGCAAAAGUGACAAGGGUGUGUACGAUGUAGCUUUUCCUUAAAGAAAGACUUGUAACCACUACCUUUUGCCAUAAGCUCUCGUUAGGAGGCUAAUGAUUCUCUGAAUUGGUCAAACCAACCAUCAGAUAGGUGCCCAAUGCAUCCACUUUGCCAGGAAACUCGUGCUUCUUCAAAUCGUAUCAUAGAUAAGUAGACCAAUUUUUUAAACAAAAUUCUACAAAGCAACAAACAAGCUGAAUAGUUUGAUAAUUGAAUAUAAUGGAACAGUCUCUAUGUGCUUAACAUUCCUCAUUGCAAGUCUUGUAAUUUGUUUUAUAGUUUUUUUAAAUAACCAAUCUCAUGUAGUUCAGUCAUCAUCGUUCCCAGGCUCCCUAGGAAAAUCAGUUACUUUUCCGCAAAAAUUUGUUGUCUCUGCCAUAAGAAAAGUGCUGACUCACGGAUAUUAUUCAAGGAGUGGAGCUUGUGAAUUGGUUACAAUUUUGAUUGAUAUAUUACAGUUGAAUCGUCUUGUGCGCUUGGAUACAACGUGUGACAUCUUUCUUUGUUUUGAAUGUCAUUCGGUGACAUAUUUGGCAUCAAAUUUCCUAUUUAUAAAUGAGUUUAUUUAUUUCUCGCAGCCAAUCAGAUCGCAGUUGGCAUUAAUUACGCCAGAUAUGGUUCCAGUGGGCAAUGACCAAUGACACGCCUUAAUAUCGAGCCCGCUCCAUCGAACUCUAAACAAACUGGAACGAUAACUCUGAGGGGGAAAUUGAAGCCAGUGCUUUUUACUUUUUGCUUUUUAUUGAGUUUUGAGCUGAAAUACUUCACGCCAAAUGUUGAGCCGUAUAUAAAAUUAGAGUUAUUAAAAAGUUUUAUUGUAUGGCAAGCGUCAUUUCGGAGAAAUGGAGCUCAGUGAUUAACUGAGAAUUUUCAGCGGUCCAUUACUUUACCGUAAUCGACCGGCGUUACCGGCGAUCCAUUACGAGAUGAAAAACAGAGAAAUUCUAAAUUUUUUUCGUUACGAACAUUUAUUUUUCUACCUUUUUAACCAUUUGUUAAACUGAUAGGUAUUCUGUGCUUAGCGGUAAAUUUUUUUCGUUACGAAUUUUUAUUUUUCUACCUUUUUAACCAUGUGUUGAUUUCAUUUCAAGAUCUAAACAAUUGCCACGUUAAUUGUUCUAGCUUUAAAUGUGACAAACGAUUACUAAUAGCUGAAAAAAUUCAGUAAUUAAAGGUGACAUAAAAUUUGUUAACAUUUGCGAACCAAAAUUGCAAACGAAUUUGAACAUGAAGUUUAAUAUCAUAUCAACAGAAAGUUAUUUAGGUUUGGGAUACAAUUUGUUGGCUAAAAUGGUAUUAGCUAUAUAUUAUUCACCACUUUUGCUGGUUGAUAAUUUCAUGGUAUAUAUGUGUAAAAAAAUUAUAAUUAACGUCAUUCAGCUAUAGGGCAGCCAAUUCUGAAUAGUCUCUUCUCAUUUGAAGAGUUAACGCCAAAUUUGAAAAGGCCCAAGAUUGGCAAACUGGAUGAUUGAAAAACACAAGACAAUGUAGCCCCUUGUCUUUUAUAUCCUUCUUGACCUUUUGCCAGCUUAUAAAACAUAACUGACCAGUCUAGCAGUCUUUAAGUGAUUAAGUCCACCUGUAAUAAGUGAACCUGGUAAAUCUUUGGCAAAAUAAAAAAUCAAAUUAAAUUAUAAAGCAUCAAAAAACUCAGGAGGCCUAAAUGUUCAAUGUUUCACAUUAAUUAGUGACCAAGGAUCACCAGAUUUUGCAUCUUUUGUGUGUUUAAUAACUUGAAUCCCGAAUUUGCAUGAUAAUGUUAAUCACUCAGCUUGCUUUGUUAUAUUUUUAUUAUAUCAUUAAAUUGUAGCUGGUAGAGGUUCUUCAGAAUAACACUACAUGACCUAAGCAAUUGGUAUGUUAGGACUGCAUCUGCUAUUGAAAUGUUAGAAGUCCAGAAAGAACAGAUUUAUUAUGUUACUUAGCAUUUUAUGGUCUAUCAUACUCAUAAUUUGUAAUUUUGUACUGUGUAUAGUUUUUGCCCAGAGAUGGAAAGUACGUAAACUUUCUUUUGUUUUCCUAUAAUUGACAUUAUAUAAACCAGACAUUCUUCUACUGUGUGACUUCACAAACAGUCUGGUAGAAUAGCAGUUUAUAACAGGUAUUUUAGACUUGUCUGAGUUACCAAACAACUACUAUUCUGCUUGAUGUUACGGCUACAGAUGGAUACAGGGUUCGAUAAAAUGGUAUUAGAUAAUGCUCAGGGAAAUGUAAAGAUCUGGCAACUAAAUUUAAAAUACAUCAUUUAGAACAAGAAAUCGAAAGGAUUGCAAAAACAACUCCAUUUAUAAAUGAAUUGCGUAUAAAAACAAUUUAUGCAAAUAAAACUUCGAUUUGUUAUUACUAGCGUGAAUCUCAUGCAUUUUAUUUCUAUUUUAUUUUUACUUUAUUUCCGUCGAUUAAUCUUCAAAAGUAAACAUAUAAGAUCUUACAAGUGUGAGUCGAUAUUCAUCCCUUCUUGCCACUAAUUGCAUCCACAAACUGAAAAAGAGUCAAUUGUUUCUCAAGACCAAAACAAAGUAGGAAAAAUAUUAUGAUUCGUUGGAAAAAACACAGAGUAAGCACAAAAAAUAAAAAAUAUUCUUCUAAAACAGCCGGUUUGCAAAGGAGUGCGCCUGAAGCACUGUAUCACGGUUUUCAGUGGUAAUUACCAUUGGGAUCAUAUCUGGCGUCAGCACGGAAAAGUCCGCCAUGUUUCUUGCUUCACUUUUUGAU